AUGCUGCCACAAGAACCGCUGCAGGCGGAUUCGCCCUCAACGACCCUCUUCAGAUCAUAUCUCCCGAACGGCCAUGCCCCGUCCACACCGUCCGCAUUUCUCCAAGGACAGCAAACUUCACAUCAUGAUGCCGUACGGAUAGCAAAAUAUCAUACCGGCCUAGGUUCAACGGCGAAGGGCGUGAUGAUCGGCAUCUUCUCUGUGCUGGGAGCCGCGGGCCUCUGCCUUAUCAUUGCCACCGUUAUAUAUUACUUCCGGUACACACAGCAGGGUCGUAUCUUCCUAGAUCGGUUAUCGCGGCCGGGUGAAUACGACGAUGAACAGCAGUUUGCGAAAGAGGAAGCCGAGGCGCUGGAGGAAAUGGACGACAUCCAAAGAACAGAGUACAUGAGAGCAAAGGCUUUCGUACAAGUCAAUCCGCCCGAAUCCGUGCAGACCGACAUUUCCUUAUCGCAGUUCUUGGCAAUACAAGAGAAGGGUGUAUCUGCAUGGGAGUUUGAGCCCGAGCUCGAGAUUGCUAAUUGCUUCGUCGAAGGCCGAACCGAAAUCGAGUUCUUUGAUUCCGAGUGCAGCGUACAGAGCAAUCUGCCAAUACCGAAGCAAAAUGAAGUCUACUACUGGGAGGCCAAGGUUUAUGAGAAGCCAGAGAACACAAGCAUUGCUGUGGGAGUCACAACGAAACCGUAUCCGUUGUUCAGACUACCAGGGUACCACAAAGCUUCGAUAUCGUAUACAUCCAACGGAAAUCGCCGAUACAACCAGCCCUUCACGCCCUCUGCCUACGGUCCUGCAUACGUCCAAGGAGAUGUCAUUGGCGUUGGAUACCGACCACGAACCGGAACUCUUUUCUUCACUCGUAACGGGAAGAAGCUGGAUGAUGUCGCGCAUGGUCUCAAGACCCAGAACUUCUUUCCAACUGUCGGUGCAAACGGGCCGUGUCAGGUGCAUGUCAACUUUGGCCAGAUGGGAUUCGUCUUUAUUGAAGCAAACGUGAAGAAGUGGGGUCUUGCGCCGCAGACAGGCAGCUUGGCUCCUCCACCACCUUAUGGCAGCGAGCAAGGAUCAAUACUCCUAGACUCUGGUCGCGAGGGUAUAAGAGAGGGAAUGGCGGGAAACUACAUUCAAGCAGGUUUCGGACAUGCACGUUCUAGUAGCCAGCAAAUGCGCCUCGGACGACAUCAACCGACGAGCCCUGGGCCGCAGCGCAGUCCGACAGAUAUCUCUUUAGCGGCACUGAGCCUCGUCAACUCGAACGAAGACAUCGGCGAGGGCACUAGCGCAGAAGGCAACACGACGAUCACAGCUGCUCAAGGCCUUGGUUUCCUGCAGCCCGGGGACUUUCCACCGGAGUAUAGCAGCCCUGUGGGGUCGCCCGCGGCUAGGCACCGAGACUCAUACUGGGACGAGCGAGCACCACUUAUGCAGAACCAACAACGCCAAGGCAACACCAGCCCACCGAUUCCCAGCUACGAUGCUGCUAUCGCGCAGCACCAAACGCCACAGAUACGACCGCCGACGAUCAGGGUGCGGAGUUCUACGCAAACCUCGAGGCCAAGAGGGCCGCGCUGA